AUGUCGUGGCUUUCCAUAUCCCCCGACUCGCACUUCUCCCUCGCCAACCUACCGUUCGGCAUCAUCUCCACCGCGGCAGACGAGACCAGGCGCCCGGCCGUCGCCAUUGGCGACUACGCCCUCGACCUCCGGGCCUUCGCCCUCGCCGGCGGCUUCUUCGCCUCGCCCGAGAUCCAGAAGCACGUCGCCGUCUUCUCCGCCGAGUCCCUCAACGCCUUUGCCGCCCUGGGCCGGCCGCUGCACCGCCUCGUCCGCCAGCACCUGCAGUCCGUCCUGAGCGCGCGCACCGCGGACCCCCACAUCCUCCGGGACAACGAGCAGCUCAGGCGGACGGCCCUGCUGGAGCGCGCCCGCGUCGUCAACCACCUGCCGCUCGCCGUCGGCGACUACACCGACUUCUACGCCGGCAAGAACCACGCCUACAACGUCGGCGUGCUGUUCCGCGGGCCCGCCAACGCCCUGCAGCCCAACUACACCCACCUGCCCGUCGCCUACCACGGCCGCGCCAGCAGCGUCGUCGUCUCCGGCACCCCCGUCCGGCGGCCCUGGGGCCAGAUCCUCCGGGACCCCAAGGCCGAGCCCAAGGUCCCCGUCCUCGCCCCCUGCGAGAAGCUGGAUCUCGAGCUGGAGCUGGGCAUGUUCGUCUGCCGCGAGAACCAGCUCGGACACCCGGUCCCCAUCGCUCAGGCCGACGACUACGUUUUCGGCUACGUCCUCAUGAACGACUGGAGCGCCCGGGACAUCCAGGCCUGGGAGUACGUGCCCCUCGGUCCCUUUACCGCCAAGAACAUGGGCACCUCCAUCAGUCCUUGGGUCGUCCUGGCCGACGCCCUCGACGGCAGCAAAGCCGCCGGCAUCCCCAACCAGGAGACUCUCUUGCCCUAUCUCCGCGAGGAGACCAAGGAAAACUGCCUGGACAUUCAGCUCCAAGUCGACCUAACUACUGCCAACGGAGACACGACAACAAUCUCAAAGACCAAUUCCAAGAACCUGCUGUGGUCGUGGCCCCAGAUGAUCGCCCACCACACCAUCACAGGUUGCAACCUGCGCCCUGGCGACUUGCUGGGCUCCGGCACGAUUACCGGCGAGACGGCGGGCACCGAGGGCAGCCUUCUCGAGCAGACCGGCGGCGGCAAGGAUCCCAUCAAGCUGCAAGGCGGGGAGGAGCGCAGGUUCCUGCACGACGGAGACACCCUGACAAUUCGUGGAUGGGCUGGCCAGCAGGGAGCCCUGAUUGGAUUUGGCGAGGUCACUGGCACUAUUCAGCCGGCUCUGCCCCUCUUUUAG